GUUGUGACAUGUGUGCAGACAACAGGAACGGCGAGUGUCCGAUGCAUGGGCCCCUCCACUCUCUGCGGCGCCUCGUCGGCACCAGCAGCACGCCGGCUCCCGUCACGAUGCCCGACGUCCCUGAUUGGCUCAGAGACCUGCCCAGAGAGGUGUGUCUGUGCACCAGUACAGUUCCCGGGCUGGGUUACGGGAUCUGCGCGUCUCAGAGGAUCCCUCAGGGGACCUGGAUCGGCCCCUUCCAGGGAGUCCCCCUGCUGCUGGACAAACUGCACUCUGGAGCCGUCAGGAACAGCAGACACCUGUGGGAG